UCAGCGCUUAACAACGCAUCACGUGGUAGAUCAACUAUAGUAAUCGCUCAUCGUUUGUCAACAAUUAGAGACGCAGACAAAAUUGUUUACUUUGAAAAAGGACAAAUCGCAGAACAAGGCACCCAUGAGCAACUUGUCGCACUACGUGGAAGGUACUAUGAGUUAGUUAAAGCGCAGCAAUUUAUACCUGAAGCGGAGGAGGUGGAGGAGGAAGAUAUUGAUUUGAACGAUGAUCCACCAGCCGGCUAUCAAAUGUCUCGACAGUCAACAUUAACGGAGACAAAGAGAUCGGGCUACGAUGCUUUUGUUCGUGGGCAGUCGAUUAACGAUUCAUUUGGAAGACAGUCCUAUAAUGCCGAAGCUGAUGCUGCAAAUGAAGCACAUGCUUUGGAAGUCCAGAAGGUCAUGGAAGAGUCCUAUAAUGCUGAAGCUGAUGCUGCAAAUGAAGCACAUGCUUUGGAAGUCCAAAAGGUCAUGGAAGAGACUUUGCAUGGCUGUGAUCAUCUUCUGCUCCGUUGGUUUUGGCGUUAUAGUGUAUUUUUCGCUAUUGUUUCGGAGAAUUUGGCAAUGCGAUUCCGUGUACAGUCGUUCAGGAAUUUACUAUUCCAGGACGCUUCCUAUUUCGACAAUCCAGCUCAUACACCUGGGAAACUCAUUACUCGUUUAGCCACCGAUGCCCCGAACAUUAAAGCGGUCAUUGACGGUCGCGCUCUACAAGUGAUUUACGCAUUAACUGCAAUUAUCGCGUGUAUAGUGAUAGGAUUUGUUCACAGUUGGCAGGUUGCCUUGCUAGGCCUCGGCAUGUUGAUCAUAUUGGCCGCUUCGAUGAUUAUGUUAGCGCAAACAAUUAUGACGAAAAACAUUGAGUUGAUCAAGAAUGAUGAAGCUGGCCGGCUUGCUAUCGAAACGAUCGAAAAUGUUCGCACAAUACAAUUACUCACUCGAACCUCGCACUUCUACACACGCUACGAAAGCGCUAGCAAACAUCAAAAGCGAUCUGAGCUGACCAAAGGAAUUUUCGAAGGAAUAAACUUCACAAUUUCACAGUCGUUCACCUACAUCAUGGUGUGUGUAUGCUAUGCUCUUGGUAUUCACAUUAUCUACAAAGGAGAUAAGACGUCGGAUGAUGUAUUCAUAUGCAUCAUUGCUAUGCUACUGGGUUCUGUGGCCGUAAUGAACUCAUCCGCCUACUUUCCCGAGUUCGUCAAAGCUCGUACAGCCGCUGGUCUCCUAUUCAGCAUGAUCUACCGUAAACCAAAAACUGGUAACGCAGAACUGGGAGAGAAAGCGGAAAUUCGUGGCAAUAUCAUGUUUGAAGACGUGAAGUUCAGCUAUCCCCAACGUCCACGCCAACCAGUAAUGCGUGGUCUGCAAUUCUCAGCUCAAAGAGGCCAAACUGUAGCACUAGUUGGACCAUCUGGUUCUGGAAAAUCCACCAUUAUUUCAAUGCUGGAACGAUUCUAUGAUACUAACGGUGGUCAUGUGCGUUUUGACGGGAAAGACAUCAAGACACUCUCGCUAAAUCACCUUCGUACGCAAAUGGCUUUAGUUGGUCAGGAGCCGCGCUUAUUCGCCGGAACCAUCAAGCAGAACAUCUGUUUCGGCCUUGGAGAAGUUACAAUGGAGAAAAUCGACCAAGCACUCGAACUUGCAAAUGCUAAGCGUUUUAUGGCUAAUUUACCUGCAGGACUUGACACAGAGGUAAAAUAUUCAAAUCAAUCGUCAUUAAAACGCUGA